AUGACCAUGAUCAUUCUGAAAGUUUUUCUUUUGACUAUGUUUUCUGACUGCUUGGCUAUGGAUACUGAUACCUUAAAAGUCAGCCAGACGCCAACAAAAAUUAUUGCAGAAGCUGGACAAUCAGUUGAAGUGACUUGUACCUGGGAAAAUCAUGACAGAGUUGAGAGGUAUAGAGUUACCUGGGAAAAACAGGAUCUCAGCUCUCCAGGGACCAGUAGUGAAAAACUAAAAGAGGAAGUUCACAAUACAAACACUACUGUACAGAAGAAUGAGUUGGUGCUAACGCUCAAAGCUGUUCAUGUAAACAACACUGGCAUUUACUUCUGUGAAAUAAAUGUUGAAAUCCCUUACCUGAAGAGUGGAAAGGGAAAUGGAACAACUCUAAUUGUUGCAGAAAAAGAUUCCACAUCAAUGAAUAAGAUCUAUUAUUUUAUGACAAUUUCAGUCAUCAUUCCUAUCCUACUAUCAGGGGGCUGGUUAUAUGUUCACUGCAAAAGGCAACAGGACUCCCAAUACUCUGUGCCAGUUAGACGACAUCAAGAGGAACAGAUGCUUCAGGUUCCUGAACUGGAUGAAGGAAAUGAGGAGAGAAAUGAAGCAAAUGAUGGAAAUUCUUCAUCUAACUCAUCCGAAUGGGCUAUUUCUGCUCUCUAUGACUCACUUGAUUAUUUUGCAAUGAGGCGAGAUGAAGACAAAAGACUCCCUGUCACUUCCACAUCAGAUGUGGCAGAUCAGUAA